AUGGUCAGCUAUGAUGACUAUUUCGAGUGCAAAGAGGAUGUCGUCGGCAAGAUCGCCUUCAAAGCCCAGCUCGCUGAUCCUCUUGGCAUCCUUGGCGCCAACUGGACCACUAGCACAUCCUUCUGCCACUGGCUGGGAGAGCUGGUGAACCUGGAAGAGUUGUAUCUGUCCUUGAACAAUCUAACGGGCCCGAUCCCCAGCUCGUUCGGUAACCUCAAGCAGAUCACCAGAUUGGCGCUCUUCUUCAACCGGCUCACUGGCACAAUCCCGCCAGAGAUUGGCAGCAUGACGGUGUUGCAAGUCUUGGACGUCAACACCAACAGUUUGGAAGGUGAGCUGACCGCCACCAUCACAUCGCUCAGGAACCUCCAAUACCUCUCCCUGUUUGACAACAACUUCAACGGCACCAUACCGCCGGACCUCGGGAAGGGGCUAAGCUUAACCGAUGUGAGUUUUGCAAACAACAGCUUCUCCGGUGAGCUGCCGCAGAGACUGUGUGAUGGCCUCUUGCUGCAGAACUUCACGGCGAACCACAACAACUUCAGCGGUAGGCUGCCGUCCUGCUUGAAAAAUUGCAUGGAGUUGUACCGUGUGCGGCUUGAAGGCAACCAAUUCACCGGUGACGUAUCCGAGGUGUUCGGUGUGCAUCCCAGCUUGGACUACUUGGAUAUAUCAGGGAAUCAGCUGACAGGGAAGUUGUCAUCCGACUGGUCACAGUGCACCAAUCUUACACGCUUACGCAUGAACGACAAUCGAAUAUCUGGCAAUAUUCAUGCAACCUUCUGCCAAUUGACCUCUCUCCAGUCUCUGGAUCUAUCAAAUAACCAAUUCACUGGAGAGCUCCCAAGUUGCUGGUGGAAAUUCAAAAUUAUGUGGUUACUGGAUUUGUCCAACAACGGCUUUUCAGGUGAACUUCCUAUGUCAACAAGCUUGGGCCUUGAACUGCAGUCACUUCGUCUUGCUAACAAUAGCUUUUUUGGAGUUUUUCCAUCUGUAAUUGAAACCUGCAGAGAUCUCGUCAUCCUAGAUCUUGGGAACAACAAGUUCUUCGGUGAUAUCCCCUCUUGGGUUGGAACAAGUGUCCCCCUUCUAACAGUUCGGAGCCUCCCAUCCAACAAUUUCAGUGGUGUUGUUCCACCCGAGUUAUCCCGACUUUCUAAUCUGCAAGUCCUGGACCUGUCCAGCAACUCCUUCUCAGGUGAGAUCCUCACGGCCAUGCCAGACUAUAACUGCUCUCUUGACUCGUUUCAUCUUGCCGGCAAUGGCUUCGCGGGCGCCUUCCCACCGUUCCUGCAAGGCUGCAAGUUGCUGGCCACCCUGGACAUCGGGAACAACCAGUUCUUCGGUGGUAUCCCUACAUGGAUCGGGAGUCAGCUUCCAUCACUGAAAAUCCUUAGGCUUAGAUCAAACAAUUUCACCGGACAAAUCCCCACAGAGUUAUCAAGGCUUUCGCAACUUCAGCUGCUCGAUAUGGCCAACAAUAGCUUGACAGGAUCAAUUCCUGUAGCCUUCAGCAACUUGACCUCCAUGAGGCAUAAUCUUCCCCCAUUGGACGGACCGAGGGAUUCCGCUCCUUUGCAGAUUAUGCCCAAUGGACGACCGCGGGUGGAUCAGUUCCCAGAGAGAGUCAACAUAUCCUGGAAGGGCCGUGAACAAACUUUUCAGAAAAGCAUCGGGUUAAUUACAGGUAUCGACCUAUCAUGCAAUCGACUAACGGAGAACAUCCCGGAGGAGCUAACAUACCUCGAAGCUCUCCGGUUUCUGAACUUAUCAAGAAAUGAUCUAUCAGGCAGUAUUCCAGAGAGAAUCGGCAGACUGGAGCUCCUGGAGUUCCUUGACCUCUCAUGCAAUGAACUUUCAGGUGGCAUUCCUCCCAGCAUCUCAAAUCUGCCAGCCCUCGGUGUGUUAAAUCUCUCAAACAAUCACCUACAGGGCCGCAUACCCACCGGGAAUCAGUUGCAGACACUUGCAGAUCCAUCAAUAUAUGGCAACAAUCUGGGGCUCUGCGGCUUCCCCUUGAGCCCGUGUGAGCCUACAUUGGGCGAGGGAACUGAAGACCACACAAAACUCAUAGACCUGGGGCUGUGUUACUCUGUAAUUCUUGGCGUUGUUUCUGGCUUCUGGCUUUGGUUUGGAGCUCUGUUCUUCCUGGAGCAGUGGAGAUUUUGUUUUCUCCAUUCUGUUGAUGGCUUAGGGAUCAAGAUAGGUGUCACCCGCUAA